AUGGUUCAAAUAGAAGAAAGCAAAGUGGCCGCCAUCGGCGACGUGUUGAACAGCCGGGAACGGCCAUUGAAGGAACGAUUUCGGGCCUUGUUCACGCUGCGGAACAUUGGCGGUGAGCGGGCACUCGAGUCGAUCGGCCGCUGUUUCACCGACGAUUCGGCCCUCCUCAAGCACGAGCUAGCGUACUGCCUAGGGCAAAUGCAAGACAGCCGGGCCAUUCCGCUGCUAACGAAAGUACUGGCAGAUACGACCCAAGAACCGAUGGUACGCCACGAAGCCGCCGAAGCACUCGGAGCGAUCGGCGACAGUUCGGUGGAAGAAAUCCUCCAGCAGUACGCCACCGAUCCCGUGGUCGAGGUGGCGGAGACGUGCGAAAUUGCCCUUGAGCGUGUACGAUGGUUAAAACAAACGGCCACUCCAGGCACGGUCGCCGCAAAGGAUUGCAAUCCAUACGCUUCAGUCGAUCCGACACCGCCCACCACCGGAGGUCACAGCGUAGACGACUUGCGACGAAUUCUGAUGGACGAAACGGACACCCUUUACAAUCGUUACCGGGCAAUGUUUGCACUGCGCAAUCUUCAAACGAAAGACGCCACACUGGCCCUGGCCUGUGGGCUGAAGGACAAGAGCGCCCUGUUCCGGCACGAAGUCGCUUUCGUACUUGGCCAGCUGCAGGAAGAAUGUAGUGUGCCGUUUCUGGUUGAAAAUCUACGCGAUCCGCUGGAGAACGAAAUGGUACGGCACGAGUGUGCGGAAGCUCUCGGGGCCAUUGCCACGGAAGAGUGCACGCGAGUGCUUACCGAGUACUUGAAAGACGACAAACGCGUGGUGAAGGAAAGCUGUGAAGUAGCGUUGGACAUGUGCGAGUACGAAAAUAGUCCCGAAUUCCAGUACGCCGACGGGUUGGUGAAGUUGGGACACUGA